UAUGAUCGGGUCAAUUUAUCGGGGUAGCAUUUACACAUACCCGAUGUUAUAACGAUAACAUAACGAUUCAUGCCAGGGAAGACACCCGAAGUGACCCGAUGUUACCACGUUUUGGUGAAAAGACCCGAUGUAGUCUCGAUCCCAGCCCGAUUAUAAGCCGAAUAAUGGUAAACAAUCGGGUGAUGACUCGAUCAGCCACGAUUUCCGGCCGAAUUCCGGCCGAUGUAGACCCGAAUAUAGCGGAAGAGACCCGAUGCGUAACGAUAGAUACCCGAUCCCCCACGGAAUAGACUCGUCCGAGACCCGACGCGCAUGACCAGUCGGGCGUCCGCGCGAUGGAUAUUUAACCCCCGAUUUUCUAAGCCGAUUCGUUUAAUAUUUCUAAAUUCCAACCAGUGCACAUCUUGUUAUUCUCAUACAUUUGGAUUAUCAAAUUAAAACCUUGUUCAUCAUAACUACUACCAGAAUGGGACCAAAGAAGAUGAUCUCCCAGAGUAAGGCCAGGAGGGGUAGAUCCAUGGGUGCCAGGGAAGCCUCCACCUCAUCUCCAUCACCCAGAGGGCCGAGCCCAGCAGCAUCUCCCAAACUACCAACUCCACCACCAGCAUCACCAGCUAGCUCUGAGUCUGAGCAGCCUGAGGCCACUCACAAGGCCGAUGUGCCAACCAAGAGGAGGCGUGAAAAGCCGGUGUACCUUACCGAUGAUCAGCAGCAGUUGCUGGCCGACUGGUUGAAGGACCACCCAGAGAUAUAUACGAAGGGCUCUAGGGAUUUUAAAAACACGGAGAGGAAGAAGAGGAGGUGGGAGGACAUGGCCAAGGACCUUGGAGUUAGCUAUGAGGAGCUCAUUAGGUGGUACCAUUCUACCAGGACUCGGGUUGGGAAACUCCUCCACACAGUCUCAGGGCAGGAGGUUGACAUGAGCAAGACGGACAGGGACAGGUACCUGGUGGCCACCUUUCAAUUCCUCCUGGAUCACAUCGUCCGUGAGCCAACCAGAGUGGCUCAUAGUUUGAAGGAGAAAAUAGCAGCUUCUCAGCCCUCAGCUACCGUGUCCAGAGCACCGAGGUCCUCGGAUGGGUCCUCAGAUGAAGGUCACAUGUCGGAGCCGAUGGACAUGCUGACACAGCCAGAACCCGAGGGAGACACAGGUGGCCCUUCGACCUCCACCGACCGUUCCACCAAGGGGAAGGAGAAGGGGAAGGGCAAGGCUACCCAGCCUACAGGUUUUAUGGAUUUGGUGGCCCAGCUGCAGGAACAACAAGAUGCCAACAAAUCCCUCCAGAGGCAGGUCCGGUCUGUUCUGGAACAACCAGUGAACAUUCCAACUAGCUCCAUGUUUGGCUCGUUCAUGGCUUCUAUGGUGGAGACACGUGUCCGGUCUCAUUUACAGCCACAAUUCUAUCAGGAGUGUUUUGCACUCCUGAUGAACUAAGUUGACCAGCCAGCCCAGGUGACCACCCCUGUUCCACAGCCCAUCAUGCAGCCCAUGCCACAGACAUCUUUCCACCUCUUACAGAAUCCGUUGAACCACGAGCCCAGAUUUGUAGCCCAGCAGGAGAGACGUCGGGCUGACUACACUGGCAUGGCGCCUCCCAGGAGUACUAGUGUAGAUUCUAUGUGGGGGGGACCAGGGCCUUCUGGACCUGAAGCCAGUCUGGUACGACCUGAGACCACUGCACCGAGAUCCUCCAGCACUCCCACUCAGCUGGAUGCACUGAACAUUUCCGGACUGUCCUCCCUGUCCUUUAUGGCCCAGUUGGCAUCUGAGAGGUCGAACUUGGAGACCCCCAGUGACCCCCCGGAGCAUGAGUAUCAGGACUAGUGUUAUUGUAAUGUGAUAAUUGAUGUUGUUUAUAUGUUAGUGUGAUUGGGUUAGUGUUAUAUUGUUGAAAUUAUUUGAUAUGUUUUUAUUAUGUUCUAAUAAAUCCCCCACUGUUCUAAUAAAUUAUUUUAAAACAAUU